CAUUACUCAGCGCCUGCCGAGAGUCAGCGACACCAGCAGGAGAGGUCCGUUCUGGCCCACAUGGCACUCAUCCCACGAGUGGCAUCUUUUUUCCUUUUUCUGACUAAGCUCAGCAUUGGCCAGAGACAAGUAACAGUUCAGAAAGGACCGCUGUAUCGAGCUGAAGGUUACCCCAUCAGCAUUGGCUGCCAGGUAACAGGCUACAAGGGACCUUCAGAGCAGCAAUUCCAGUGGUCUGUUUACCUGCCCGAAUCCCCCAACCAGGAAAUUCAGAUCAUUAGCACCUCGGAUGAAACCUUCACUUAUGCAAAGUAUGGGCAAAGGGUUCGAAAUAAGGAAAUCUACGUGGAGAGGCUCCUGGGCAACUCAGUCUUGUUGCAUAUCUCAAAGUCGCUGUUGACGGAUUCUGGCGAGUAUGAGUGUCACACACCGAACACUGAUGGCAAGUUCUUCGGGAAUUAUCAUGCGAAGACCACUCUGAUCGUGAUUCCAGAUACCCUCUCUGCUACCAUGGGACCCCAGACUCUCAGUAAAAAGGAAGGUGAACCAUUAGAACUCACCUGCGAGGCAUCCAAAGCCACAACUCAGCAUACUCACCUCUCUGUCACCUGGUACCUGGUGCAGGACGAAGAACAAAGCCAAGCCACCAAGAUUAUUUCUCUCUCCAGAGAGUUCACAUUGGAGCCCGGGCCUUUGUAUGCAAACAGGUUUGCAGCUGGCCAUGUGGGGCUUGACAAACUUGGGGAAACCACCUAUAGGUUGUCCAUAGAGAGGCUCCUGCCCUCCGAUCAGGGCCAGCUGUUCUGUGAGGCAAGUGAAUGGAUUCAGGACCCGGAUAAGAACUGGACUCCCAUCACGAGAACGCAGACAAAUCAAGUGACCCUGGGAAUCCAGCCCGCAGAGAGAGAUUUUCAAGUGCGCAUUAAGGCCGAGAGCACCUUUACUGAAGGCAAAUCCUUAGAACUGCUUUGCCUGGUAGAGGGCAGUAGCUGGAACCCACAGCUUCAGGGCAUUUGGUUCUUCAAUAGUGAUGAAAUUGCCCGCAUCGAUGCCAGUGGAGUUCAGCGCUUGAACAAAGACUACAACAAGAGAGCAAGCCAAGGACUACUCCAGGUUUCAAAGUUAGGCCCCACGAAUUUCUCACUCAACAUCUUCUCUGCGGGUCCGGAGGAUGAAGGUACCUACAGAUGUGAAGUGUCAGAGAUGGAGAGAACUCAGGUGGGUUCCUGGCAAGUGCUCCAGCAAAAGAAGUCACAGGACCAUCGAGUGCACCUGAGGAAACCAACAGCUAGAAGUGUGGUGGUGUCUACUAAGAACAAGCGGCAAGCAGUGUGGGAAGGAGAGCCACUUGCCCUUCUCUGCCAGGUGGAGGGACCUGAGAGUGUCCUGUCUGUGAGCUGGCUGCAUGCCCCACAGGGCCAGGCACAUUCAGACUUAGUGGCCCACAUGGGACAGGAUGGCACCGUGAAGCUGGGACCCAACAACCGUGCCAACACGAGGCUGGAGAAAAGGGACUGGGCCACCUUCCAGCUGGACAUCAGCUCCACCACUGUCUCAGAUGGUGGCCUGUACGAGUGCAGGGUGUCUGAGAGAACCUGGACACAGGCCCAAGAUCUGGGCUGGUCUGGGAUGAUGUCAGUCACUGUCAACUCUCUGGGCUCAAGUUUGCAAGUUAACCUGAUUAGCCGUCAACCACAAGUGCAGCUAGCCAAUACCUUUGACCUGUCCUGUUUGGUGAAGGCCGACUACUCUGACCUCCAGGUACUACUAACCAUGACCUGGGAGUUCCGGCCAACUGGAUCUCAAGUCUCUCACCAGUUUCUUCGAAUCACCCACGAUGGCAUUAUUGAAUGGGGCGAUUCCCUACCCCAGUUCCAAAGGAAGACAAAGGUUUCACAGUCUCCAUUUCGUUCUCAACUCCUGAUCCAUUAUGCCACCGAGAAAGAGGCAGGACUGUAUCAGUGCAAGGUCCAAGUUUAUGACAAAAAUUCCCUGCACACAAAGGGCCCAGAGAGGGCCUCUGCCACCUCCCACCCCUUGAAAAUAGCCGUCACAUUGCCAGAGAGCAAACUCAAAGUAAACUCAAGCAGUCAAGUUCAGGAGCUCUUCAUCAACUCCAACACCGUCAUAGAAUGCGGCAUCUUGUCCCAGUCCACUGGAAACCUUCAUUUAGCCAUUACUUGGUACUUUUCUCCUGUUUCCACUAAUGCAACCUGGCUGAGGCUCCUGGAAAUGGACCAGACCAAUGUUGUCAAAGAUGAGGAUGAAUUUCACAAUCCGCGGAGAAAACAAAAAUUCCACACCAAGAAAGUUUCCCAAGACCUGUUUCAGCUACACAUUCUGAGCGUGGAAGAUGGCGACCAGGGCAAAUACCGCUGUGCCGUGGGGGAGUGGCUCUUAUCUACAGAUGGCACUUGGCAUAAGCUUGGAGAAAAAAUGUCAGGCCUAACAGAAUUGAGACUCAGGCCCACAGGAAAUAAUGUACGUGUUUCCAAGGAGCACUGGACAGAGAAUGUCACCGAGCACAGUGAGGUGACCCUGCGCUGCAGCCUGGAGAGUUCUGGCAGCUCAGCCUCCCUGUUCUCUGUGACGUGGUUCUGGGGCCCAGACCCUUCUGGAAGUAAAACGCUGGCGCACCUGCAGCAUGACGGCCUGCUGGAGUACAGCGGGGAGGAGCUGCGGAGCCGCCUGCACUGCUACCGCGCCUCUGCCCGCGACUUCGUGCUGACGCUGCACCGGGUGGAGGCAGCGGAUGCCGGCUGGUACUGGUGCCGUGUGACAGAGUGGCGGCUGCAUGGAGACCCCAGCAAGUGGGUCAGCCAAGCGUCAGAUGAGUCGCUGCGCAUGGUGCUCACCGUGCUGCCUUCAGAAUCCACGAUUCCUUCCAGGAUCUGCUCCUCGGAACCUUUGCUCUACUUCCUGCUCAUCUUCCCCUUCAUUAUAUUCAUCCUUCUGCUCAUUUCCCUCCUCUCCUUGUACCGGAUGGCCAGAAAGCUGUCAACACUGAACAUCAAUGCCCGGAAGGAGAAGGCUCUGUGGGUGGACAUGAAGAGGACGGCAGACAAGGCCCCGAGCAUGGGGGAAGAGGACUCAGACGACUGAGUCCCUGGGGGUGCCUGCAGCCCGAGGGCAAGCGUCUGGACUUUGGACUUGGACUGACCUAGGUCGCUCCUUCUCUGUGCCUGAGGUCAAGCUCCCUGGGAACCAGAGGGGACAUUUACGGAACAGCCAGAGGGAGCAUAUACUGAGCCCCUACAUGAUGCCAAUUCUGUUAAGAGUUUGUGUGUGAACCUCCUCUGUGCCUUGCACGCCCCAGGAGCUAGGAGGCAUCAUUACCCCGCUUGCCACACCCCUCCAGAGGCUGAGGUUCUCGAUUGCAAGGAGAGAAGCCCCUCCCUCACACAGCCUCUUGGGGAGUAACUGAGAUUCUAAGGCAAGUCCAGCAAGAGGUGUCCCCCGCCUGCCUCCUCUGCUGCCUUGCUGGGGCGCGGGCACUCUGGUGCGAGGUGGCCUUUGUCCGCAGAUGAGAGGCUCCUGGUGGGCCUGAUGUCAGCCAGGCAGAGGGACUUGGGCAUAUGACCUUCACCGAUGUCACCUCUGAGUGGAACUGCCUUCCCGAAAGCCUGUCUUCUUCCUGUGCCCCAUCAGAAAGGCCACUCCAGAGCAAGCGCUGCAGAGUAGGUGCUUGGUCAACACUGGUUGAAAAACGCAAAAACAUUUUAUAGCCCGCCGCUCUCUCUUUCUCUCUCUCUUCCUCUCUCUUCUCUUUAAGUCAUUGCUAAAGAAAACCUUUUUCUUUUAAUUUCAGGCUACAGUGUUCUUGCCAGCACCCCCGGGCCAUGUGUCUGCCUUUCUUUCCACCCCAGAGCUCCAUGUGGCUCCUGCUUCUCAGCCGGUGCCUUAUUCCCCUGAACCUGACAAACACUGGGUGUCGGAGAGGGUGCUGCGUGAUUAUCUGAGAAGCAGGGGCUAGGAGUUCAGGGGGAGUAGAGGCCACAUCUGGUUCCACAGGACCCCCUAUUCUCAGCCAGGACUAAAGCCAAGGGGCUGGGACUGGGGGUGUCAGCACUUCAAGCGUCCAUCACUUGUUCCUCAGGAGAUAACAGCUGCCCCCACUGGGCAUGAGGUCCCUCAUGUUUGUUUCAAAAGCUGUUCAGAGCCUGCCAUAGCCAGAAAUGGAAAUCAAUCAGCGCCACCUAACAGACUCACGGAAACGCAUCUAUUUAUCGUCUACGAGUGGCCGACAGUGUUGCUUUAACAGUGAGUAAUUUGCAUUUCCAAGGAGAGCAAUUUAUUUUUAAUUAUUUUAUCAGACGCACAGUCCUCUCCAAACAUAAUUAGCUCCCCUGCAAGAGGAUCAUUGGUGGCUCGGAUCUCCCACUGUAGACCUGUUGCCUCCUUAAAUCCUCUCCCUUUAUGGCCUAACUUGAAGUACUCCAAGUGUUGCCUUUAACAUGUCAACCCAUUUGCUUCUCGCUCAGCUAAAGGAGCAUAUUUUUUAGUAAACGAAAGUCAAGACUGCUUAGAAAAUAUGAUCCCCUCCAUCAUUAUAGAAGCCUGUGUUUGGAUGAUUCUGGAAGGAAUGCCUGUUUUCUUUUCAGCCAUUUCCAAAUAAAUAAAUAAGACAUGGUUUUUUAUUUAAUAUUAAUAUUCAGUGUGGGAGGUUUCCUUGAAGUGUAAUUUAGUAGAUUCUGGGGCUGCCCCUGCCUGGGGUGCUCCCAACCCCAACCCCACACCAACUUUGAGCUCGUGGCUCAAGUACCCGCACAGAAAUCUCACGCAGCAGGCCGUCGAGUGCCCAGCCACUUCCAUCAGAGCCAAGCACAGAACUAUUCCUCCCCGUGGAGAUGGGGGUCCAGUGUGGGCCAGGCCCAACCGGGCACAGUCCCGCACUAGGGACAGUUUGUCCUGGAUCUUCAGCUUCCAUCAGCAGGACCUAGAACCCAGUGGACUUUCUAGGCAUCCUCACCAGACUCUGGCCCACAGUGAGUUCCGGACCUCUGGACACUCAAGCCAUCUUGUGUUCCUUUUGGAAGUUCUAGAGUAAAAUGUAUUUUCAUCCAAUUCAGCAAACUUUUUAUAUGAGCCCCUUUCUCCAAUUACGUCCUUGUUCAUUUUGUUUUUUAAAAGUUUGCUUUCACUCAUUGCUUUCAACUUGAUGUCAUGAGCUGCCUUUGCUUUCAACUUCUUGUUUGUAAAUCCUCCUUGGUAACAGCACAAACCUCUAUCUCAAGAGCUGGCCAACUGCUGUCCAUCGGCCAAAUGCAGUCAGCCACCUGUCUUUUAAAGUACAAUUUGUUGGAAUGGAGCCACUUGCAUCUGUCUACAUAUUAUCUGUGGCUGAUGUCACAAUGAAAUGGCAAUGUUGAGUCAUAGCCACAAGGGCAACUUGACAGGCAAAGUCUAGAAUGUUUGCUACCUAACCCUUUAUAGAAAAAAGCUGCCAUUUCCUGCUCUCUUUUAGUGGUUAAUGUUCUAUCUGCCACAUCAUGUAUGGUGUUCCUGGGAAAUUUCAU